AUGGCCGCCAUUUCCCAGGCGCAAUGCGUCGUCAACGUGACCGCGGCCGCGCCGGCCGCGCGCUCCCGCGUCGCGCUCCGCGCGUCCUUCUCCGGUAAAUCCGUCGCCGCGAAGCCGGCCUACUUCGCCGCGAAGAGGCAGUCCGUCCUCGUUCGCGCGGAGGAGAAGACCGCGGAGAAGGCGGUCGAGAAGAAGGAGGAGGCGCCGUGGAGCCCCCCGAAGCUCAACCCGAACACCCCGUCCCCGAUCUUCGGCGGUUCCACGGGCGGUCUGCUCCGCAAGGCUCAGGUCGAGGAGUUCUACGUGCUCACGUGGGAGGCGCCCAAGGAGAUGAUCUUCGAGAUGCCGACCGGCGGCGCGGCGAUCAUGCGCAAGGGCCCGAACCUCCUUAAGCUCGCCCGCAAGGAGCAGUGCCUCGCGCUUCUCAACUCCAUGAGGGCCAAGAACAAGAUCAACGGGUGCGUGUACCGCGUCUUCCCGUCCGGGGAGGUGCAGUACCUGCACCCGAAGGAUGGCGUCUACCCCGAAAAGGUCAACAAAGGACGCGUCGGGGCCAACAACAACAUGCGCUCCAUCGGCAAGAACGCGAACCCGGCGUCGAUUAAGUUUGGCGGUAAGCUCGGGUCCGACGGUCUCGCCUCCGACGGCGCCGGCUUCUCUCGCGUGUUCGACCAGUAAGGUUGGUUUGCGAGAGAGCGGGCGGGUCGCGCGACGACGUCGUUUUGUUUUUUCUUCUCGAUGCGAACGCGCGACGACGACGCGCGCGCUCGGGGCGAGUCGGGACGACGAUGUAGACGGACGGACGGACGGUCGCGCGGCGGUAGGAGACGACUGACUGACUGCCGCGGGAGAACGGCGGACAGGUGGGGGAACUGAAGCGUCGCGAGGGAGGAGCGGCGUGGAGUAAGUUACAGGAACUUUGCGAAUAAAGACCCUAGCACAACGAA